CAUUAUGUAUAUUUUCAAGAUAGGACUGUGGAACAUUUUGAAAACUAAUCACAAUUGAAAUUCAUUAGAAGUUUUCAAUCACAUGGAGUUGUAAAAAUCCAACAUCACACGUUACUCUUUAUGUUCAAAACAUAUCGAAUAAAUCUAAGUAAAAAUGACUAACGAUAAAAGUAAGGAAGAUUAUGCUCCUACUUACGAUAACGACUUGAAACAGAAAUACUUUAUUGCUUGGAGUCCUAUAGCACGGAACAAACAAGCAUUGAAACACAGAUAUGUGUCGUGCAGCAGAUCAGUUCCUAACAGGAGCAAACGUUCCGUACAAUACAAAAUGAGCAGAUCAUUAAACCUCGACCCAAGUAAUUCCGUUCAUAAUUCUAGUUCGGAUAGUUCAUUCGAAGAAGACAAGCACUUGUCUAGAUCCGCUAAGAUCAUGAGAGCUCUGAAUUUCAACAGCAGCCCUUCUUAUUUCGUAAAGACUAAAAUAAAAAAGUCGUUGAAUUUCAAUCUGACACCGAGUCCAAAAAGGUUUAAGCCCGUGAAGAGAAAUAUCCGAAAAUCUCUUAGUAUGAACUUCAAUUCUCCUUUAUCCGUUUCGAACAAAUUAAGCUUUGACGAUAGCUCUGCUGGAUCUGCAAAUAGUAGCAUAGUAUUCUCAUCUCCUGAGUCAAUGGACGAAAAUCAGAACGAAACACCGUCUCAAAGUGCGAAAAAGCAGGAAGGUUUACAUUUUUCUACACCAAAUGCGACGUUCAGUAGGAGAGCUAAUUUUACCCCCAUGUUACGCAGUAGAUUGAAGCAAACUAUUGAUGAUAUCAUUUGUGUCACUGCGACACCUAAUUCGCAUAUUAAGGGCAGGUCUAAGUUUUUGAGCAAUUUAAAUACUUCGAGGAAUUUGUAUCAUGAAUUUCAUGAAAAAGAUGAUGAUAGGCCUAGCACGCCCAAGAAUGUGAUUCACAUUGUCCCGGAAAGCAUGAGCGCUAUCAAGAGGAGCCAUAAGAAGGAGAGAUCAAGGCGAGGUGAAGGAAUCGAGGAUUACAAAGAAAAACUUGAAAAUCUAUCGAACGAACACGUCGAUGCCUUGCAAGACGUUAAAACCUAUAUCGAACAAUAUAGUAAACAUUCUGAAGGAGACAUAUCAGAGACGGGCUCGCUCUUUGAUUACACUGAACGAGAAAAUGAUUUCAAUGACGCAACAAAUAUAGCUGAUGAUAUAAUCAAUGUGAACGAUUUAUCUGAAAUACGGGAAAUUGGAACAGAGCAGAAAAAUGUUUUCGAAGACUCAAAAGAUAUAUCCGAUGAUAUAAUCCACGAUUUAUCUGAAAAACAGGGACAUGGGAUAAAAACUGAAGAUGUUUUGGAAGACUCGAAAAAUAUCUGCGAUAGUAUAAGUCACUUGAAAACUUUACCUGAAAUACAGGAACUGGAUAUUAAAAUGGAAAUCCAAGAUAAAAAAGAAUUAACCGAAAAGAACAACUACCCUAAUUUGUCGAAUGAAGAUUUAAAAUGUAAUACCAGAUCCUUAACUCCGGAACCCAAAGUUGUAUCAGGAAAGCCAGUUACUCCCAAGAAUCGCAUAAACAUUUUAGAAAGAGUCGCCAACGAUUCCAUAAAGAAAUCUCAUAAGAAGGUUAAAGACGAUAAGAGGCGAUUAUUCACUCCGAAGAUUCUGCAAACAAAGUUCGAAACUGAGGAACGAGAAAAUCGAAGCUUCGAAAACACUUUUCCAGUGUCGCCAAAAACUGAACGAUCCGCCACUCCCGAGAACAUAAAUUCCAGUAGAUUAUUAUUAUCUCAAUACAGCUCUGUGAAAAAAUCCCAUAGAAAGGAUAAACAUAACAAGAUUCUAUCCGGUUUCUUAAAACGUCAGGAGUACUUCAAUAAAGAUAUGGACUUCGCGGCAAACUGUAAAUACAAACCAUUUGACGAGGAUUGUAAAAAUAGUACUGACGAUUCUGAUUUGGGAAUUAAUAUCGAAGAUCCUACGACUUUGGUAUCUCCGAAUAAAAGGAAGAAGGUGGUUGAUUCGUCUUUAGACACGUCUUGCGAAUUCGAAUUACCCGAAUCAGAUUUAUCCAAGGAAGAAUUUCAAAUCUUCUCGCCUCUUAAAAGGAAACGAGCGAUCGUUUCCGCAAUUCCCAAAGAAUACUCUCACCCAUACGAUUCUCCAUCCCAAAGAAAUUUAAAUAAUUUCUCUCGAUGUUUAACACCUAUAGUAAAUAUACCGGAUAGUGUGAAAACGGGUAACGAUGUUAUAACGAUGGAGUCUGAAGCUAAUAACGAAGAGGGUAGAUCGACGCCGAGAAAUAUGUCCACGACAGAAUUGUACGUUAAUCUGGAUUCCAUCAAGAAGUCGCACAAGAAGAACAAGCGUGGGAAUGUUUCACGCAAGGGCUUCAACGUAGGAGAUGGGACGCCUUUAAGAAACAGUGAAAGUAUGUUAAACCUUUCGUGUGAAACGAUGGAUAAAAAAAUUAAUGAAUUAAAUAACGAGUCGGUCGAUGGUAAAGCCUCGACGAGCUUUGCGCCUGAUAAUGAAGAAAGCAUUAGUAAUGAGAAUGCAUCGACUACGGUGACGCCACCGAAUUGUUUGAAGACAAAAAGCUAUAUAAAGAUGAUACAAGAAACUUCCAUUAAACGGUCGCAUAAGAAGGUGCGGGAUACGAGGAAAAAAGAGUUGGACGACGAGAUAUCGGACGACGGAUCUAUAUUUGACGACGAAAAAUUGCCGCUUGAAGAUUGAUCAACAAGUUUUUUUUAGUUCAGUAAACGUUGUUGUAAAAAUUAAUACGUAAGACGUACAUUGAAUAGUUUUUGAUGUUAAAAAUCUCAAUGGAUCAGUUGAGAUGUUCGAUCACUAACGUCACAUGCACUAUUUUCCGUUUAUAUCAAAUUUUCAAAUCAGUAUGAAUCGUCGCGAAAUAAUUAGAGGACUUGUGGAAAAUGUUGUAGGAUGUGAACGAUGUACAACAUUCAUACAAGUUUAGUUUAAUUCAAAUAAUGGACAACAAAGUUUGAUAGCGUUAUAUGCAAUUAUAUUAUAUACUUCUAGGUAGAAAUCUAUGAAUGUUUUAUAGAAUUCUAUAUAAUUAUUCUAACACAUUCCGCACAUUUGUUUUAGCUGUUUUGGCAAUGGUAUUUUGAUUAAAUAGAAUAGGAGAGUAUAAGUAAAUUUAGUAUACGAUCAUCAUCAAUGCAUUUAUGCAAUCUACAUCAACGUUCCUUUCAGUUUUCUUUAUAUCUAUGUGUUUCGAUAAUUAAAUGGAUUUACAUUAAUCGUUUAUAUGUAGAUCUGCGAAUAUCUGAGAUCGUGGAUUUGGGUCUGGUCGGGACAAAUGAAAUCUUUUGAUUUGUCAUGAUUCGACUCCAGAUUUAAUGCAUUUAUAGAAAAAAAUGAAUGUUAAAAAAUGUGUGAAACAUCAAAAUAAUAAUUGUACAAAUCACUAAUACCAAUGAAGAAAAAAAAGUUUAAUCUAUAUAGAUUUUAGCGUAUUCACAUUACAAAUGUAUUUUGCGUAAAAUAUCGCAGUCCAUGAAAAGUGUUUUCCCGGUUCGACCCGAAGUUCAUAUUCUCCACUAUUCCGAAUAUUCGUAGAUCAUUAAGCUAUAAUUAUCGAUAGAAUUAAUUUGUUAAGUAAUACUAUGAAGAAAAAUUUUAAGGAGGCAGUGAUCAAGUAUUUUUGGGCUAAUUUGUCCGUGUCUUACUAAGCCAUGGGAUCCAAUCAUAACGGAGAAAAACGCAAUCCGUAUUGUUUAAUGUCUUCCGUUAUAAAAGUGCCUAACAUUAAGAAUUACAUUGGCUAUGUUGAACUCGUUACAAUCGAUGAUAGACUGCGGAUUCUUAUCGAUUUAUGGAAAAUUUGAAAGAUUACACAUAACUGUGGAUUGAAAUAAUGAAUUAUUUAAUUGAAAAGAUGAAAAAUCCUAGCAGUUCCCAUUUCUCAGAAUAUAAUCUUGCAUAAAAAUCUGCAGUAUAUUGAGAGACGUUUACCAUAAUGUCGCCUGUACGCAAACGAUUUCCGUUUAGCACCAGCCGACGAAAGUUCAAUUGUAAUUGUAUAUCGUAGAUUUGUAAAAAAGAAUUUUCCAUAGGAUUUGAAGGGAAUAUCGUUAAAUAAUUUUUGCAAUGUAUCGAAUAUUAAUUAUACAUUAUUCAUAUUUUUCAAGCAUUUAUCAUUGCGUAAGAGAUCAUGACUGAAGCGUAUUUUUGUGAAAAUCAGGAAUCGUAAACUAUGAGUAGAAAGUCGCGUCAUGUUAUCAUCGUCGAAUAAAAUUAAGUAACAUGUUAAAACUUAUUCGUGAUAUUUAUGUUGAGAGCCCUUACAAGUUGUAGGAUUAACAUUAGCCAUAGUUCUCUUUCAAUAUAAACAAUUUUUGAUCUAUCUUUUA